AUGUCUCAGGGGCUCAGGGGCGUGUCUAGGGGUGAUGUUGGAUGGUCCGUGCGGCACUUGUGGGUUUCUGGCUGCUUGGCACAAAUCCCAACAUCGGUGUUCAGUGCACCUUGCGAGUUGCGCCAGAGCCAGAACCAGACGAACUGGAUUCACUCAUUGGCAUGCCAAAUUGUCAUUGCAAUCAUGGCGUCCACAACCAACGAAAAAGAUCCUUGGAACCGGGAUACAAAGAAUAAAUUUGAGGGCAAGGACAGAAGCGAGUUCCUUGACCCAUGCCAGGAGGCUGCCGCACGCAGUAUCAGGUGUCUGAACCGAAAUGGUGGUGAUAGGACUCUGUGCUCGGAUUACUUCCAGGCGUAUCGGGACUGCAAGAAGUCUUGGAUCAGCCCCCAGUGUACCGAUGCGAGCCGCAAGGUCUACAGCCUUUUGGCGGUUAGGCAUUUGGAGAGGGCAGCAGACUUGACAGAAAAUUCCGCAAAGCUGGAGGCUAUAGACCGGGGCCUCCUUACCGAAGAAGAGGUCUGCCUCUACUACCGGGUUAUGCAUAACCAUGGGACCAAGGAGGAAUACGUUUCCCGCCUGAAGAGCCCCAAGCUCGGGGCCAUCAGCCAGCUCAAGGAAGGCCGCAAGGUCCUUUUCUGCGAAGGCCUUGAUGCGCUCGAGACCUGGGGUGAAUGGGAUCUCAUCUACAACUUAUGUCGCGAGGCUUUGACGCUCGGGUUGGACGGAGGCACCUCGCCCUUCUUUGUUUGCGACUUGCAGACCUGGAGGAAGUUUGUGUCGGCCGCCAGCAAGGUGGCAGACUCGGAGAGCGCGCUUGGCGAGGUACAAGCCAUUUUGAAGAGGUAUAUCGACAUUAAGGACACAGCGAGCGCCAUGUACAAGAAGAAUCUCAGCCUGGCUUUACUGGAAACCACUUUCCGGCUACCCGCCACCGCACUCAACGAUAGCAACGAAAAUAACGGCUUGUCGCCGAGGGUUGUCCAGAUCGGCCUAUUUUUGGACCAAUACUUCGAGCGCCUCUCCGCGUUUGACGAUGUCAAGGGCUACGUGGCGGAGCUAAAUUUCGAGGAGAUCAAGGCUCUCAUGGAAGAUGCGCUACCGAAAAUGCUCGAUGAGGAUGCCGACAAGGGGCGGAAAACGGUGCUGAAUGCCCUGUGCCGGUUCUGCACGCAACCGACCGACCUCCCGUGCGAGUCCUGCCUCAAAAAGCUCGUCGUUGAUGCCGCGGGCGCAUACAGGCAGAUAACCAGUGACAAGGAGCUCGUGGACUCGAUUCCUCGCUUGGACAAGGACCCGCGACUAGACUUGGCUCUUGUUAUGGGUAACUCACUCUUGAAGCUGUCGGGUCUACGGCCUCGAACUGCCGAUGCCAGCCAGUCGCUGUGGCAGUCCAUCGAGCCUGGUCUCUUCCUGCAGGCGGUGCUUCUGCUCGACACCCAGUUGAACGAGACUCCCGGGGACACCGAGCUGCGGCUACUGCUUGUCCAGCUGUAUCUGUUGCUCGGAUGUGCCUCCUACGCCUACCGUCUCUGGACGCCGCUCGACGUGAAGCGGACCAUCCAGGACUCGCUCAGCCCGCUCUUUUUCGACAGGAUAUCCACCAUGUCCCCCGGCUUGUUCCAGGGCGGCCGCCCGUUGAUGGAGCCGCUGCGCGCUUUCUAUAAGAACAACCUGACCGACAAGGCUCCGGUGCGCAUUUGGGAUGCCUUCUCGGCAGGCAGUUACACCAGCAUCCUCGACAUGAUCAACCACGACAGCAGCCUGCGCAGGAGCUGCACACUGAUGAUGACGCUGGUGGAGGAGCGGCGGGCGAUCAGGUGCUACGGCGGGAAGAUCGACUGCGAGAUUGAACAGCACCCGCUUACUGAAAAACAUCGAGGACGGCACAACCCUGGUCAGCAAGACCGACUACGGGCCGUUCCCCAACCUCGAAAAGCCUGCACGGCCCACCAAUCCACGAGUACCUCCGUCUCGGGACCGGCCUCUCGGACUACAAGCCCGCCAAGCAAGCCGAAGCGGCCCCUCCGCGACCGCGAGUACACCGCUCGAGACGCUCUCCCGCCCUGA